AUGUCGGGGGCACAAGGAGCACUGCCGCCUGGUUCGUUCACGGCGACCACAUACGAAUCGACUGAAACUGGAGAGAACAAGACGAAGCUGGGUAUACCUUCAAAGGAGGAUGAGGGGGGAAUUCAGNCUGGAGAGAACAAGACGAAGCUGGAUAUACAUUCAAAGGAGGAUGAGGGGGGAAUUCAGAUAGAGAAACUCCAGGACAAGGUGGAGGAUGCCGCAGGUCAAGGCGGCCCGGUUUUUGGUGCAGGCGCCGGCGAGGAGGUGGAGGAGAAAAAGGAUGACUUAGGCGUUACUGGAACUGCCUAG